UUUAUGAUGUGGGUAUAGCUUUUACACACCUGCGUUAGUCGCAGAAAUGGCCUUCAUCUGCUCGUUUAUUGAACGCCUUUAUUCUCGUCUCAUCCAUAUUGCCUGGACAUUUUUCACCGGUAUAAAUAUAUGCAUCAGGGUUUUGGGUUCGUAAAGCAGGUCGAGGUACAGUGAGAUCAGACCGUAUGUACCUGUGCUCCAGUUUAUACGGGGUAUACAUACAAAAGUCGGUCGGUUGCAUGUCAGUCAAUUUCUCAAAUUGAAUCCGCUCGAUUUUCGGGGUUCAAAGAAUGCGUUCUGCCUCACGAUUUUUUCCGGUGCGUAUUAUACCAACCUUUCACAAGUGACGUGAGCUCUAGCGGAUUCUUUGUAUGCAGAGAAAAGCAAAGAGCCAUUUGUGUCGCAAGAGUAUCGCCGUUUCACGCCCGAGUGGAGGUCAAAUGACGGUGGAUGUUUCUUCAUAGCCGAUAUUGCUCUGUUUAUUUCCAACCUCACGUUGAUGGUCGUUUGGGUCACGCGAGGAGCGCGUAGUGUACACGAAACGGUGGUAAGCCUCGUUGCCGUUGACGAGGACAUGAAAGCUUUCAAAUUUUCCGGGAAAAGCGAAUGCCUUGGCGGACAACACCCUUGGCUAUCGGGACUGGAAGUUUUCCUCUCCAUGGCAAUGAUCGCUUGUACCACCAUUCUCACCUUUUCAACUCGGCACACUACUCCGCCAGCUGUGACAAAAUUUACCCAAUACGAAAAUGAUCUGAACCGCUACAUAAUUAUUGCCUUCCACUUCUCAGCGUUCGUGCAAAUUAUCGUUAAAUCUUGGUUGAUCGUGUCAAGCUGUGACGAUCUAUCAGCUGAGGCUAACAAGUUUGGCAUUAUGCUGCAUCGGAUCGAUAUUUCUGACGCAGGUUUCAAUCGACAGCUGCGAGAGCUUUCAGUCAAACAGUGCCAAAAUAAAUUCACCAUGUCAGCGGGCGGAUUAUUUUCUAUCAAUAUUCCGUUCAUAACAUAUAUAUUCUGCCCUGUAACGGCGUAUACAGUUUUUGUCUACCAGUUGAACAAUUAACAUAAAAUACAUGUAGAAUUGAGUAAUAUCAUAUUAUACAUAUGUUUACUUCGAUAGUAUUGUCAGUUAUUCUGCGAAUAGUUCAGCAGAUCAGUAGAUUAGACACCCAACCGUACCAAUAAAUUUAAUUUAAAAUUGAAUCACGCCUUCACACUAGCAAUAUGAAAACCGCGCUGUAUGUUGGGUUGCCUAAAUGUUGGCGCCACCAGGUAUCGCAUAAGUUAGACAACUACAUGUAUACCUGUGUA